AGCUCCUGCUCAUGUGCAAGCUAGCUCACUGCGACCCAGUGUGUGAUGAUGGCUCAGGGAAGAGGCAGUGCAAGCUGCGGCGCCCUCGCCGCCGCGGCGCUCCUGGUCAUCGGCCUCCUCGUGAUGGCGACGAGCGCGCCGCUCGCCGAGGCGGCGGCGUCGUACAUGGUCGGCGACUACGGCGGCUGGAAGUUCAACGUCGACCGGUGGGCCAAGGGGAGGACCUUCCGCGCUGGCGACCAGCUCGUGUUCAACUACAACCGGGCGGUGCACGACGUGGCGGCGGUGAACGCGGCGGCGUACCGGAGCUGCGUGGUGCCCAGGGGCGCCAGGGUGCUGCGGAGCGGGCGCGACAAGGUGAGGCUCGGCAGGGGCACGCACUACUUCGUCUGCACCGUGCGGGGCCACUGCCAAGCCGGCAUGAAGAUCGCCGUCAGGGCCGUGUAGGGGGCUGGGCUGGGCUGGGCCGUCGGGCGGCGGCUAUAUCCGACUUCCAGAGUCCAGAUCCAAAUCCACGCCAGAAACGCCAAAAACUUUGUGGUAGCUCAUUAGUUUGCUUAGUUAUACUCUAGUGGCGUGCAAUCUGGUGGUGGUGUUGUUUCUAAUGUACGUCCAGGCUUCGUUUGCCAAGUGGCUUCUGUGCUGUCACUGUCGGCGAGUUCUCCUACAGUUAAGUUACUGCUGUCAACACUCACCCUUUCAUUUGUUGUCGUUGUGGAGCAAAACUCUAGUGGGCUUUAA